GUUAAUAGAACUUUAUACAUCUUCUUCCACCUCCGUCAGCGCCUCCGGCGCCCAUCGACUCCAGGCCAAUGCGUCAAAGCUUUACUUCGUCUUAUUCUUCCCUUUCCCCCUCUACGGCGGGCGAAAGAUCGUGCUCUCGAAUCGUCGGCGAAAUUUUUUCCGGUUUUGUAUAACACCACCUGGGCCCUGGGGCUUGGAUAACAGGAUGACCGCCGGCGGGGCUGAUUUAUACUGGCCUGUUUUGUUGCCCCCUAAACUGUUCUGUUUCGCGGAAAGAAGGAAAGCUCCCCCAGCUUCUGGUUUGGGAUGGUGGAAUUCUUGUUCAAGGGUUCAUGCAAAUUGCAUUUUCCCGGUAUUGGAGUGCAAUGGAAACUAUGUUUCUUGUUUCCUUACAAUUCCCCCCCCCCCCCCCCCCCCCCCAGAAUUGGUUAACCAUUCUGCGUCUGCUUUCUGCCUCUGUGUUCAAGCGAUCAUUGUAAAUGUUAUUUCAGAGAAACAGAGUCUGUCUUUUUGCCUUGGAUUGGUCAUCUCUUGGCACUGAACCGGGUUUUUUGUUUAUGGAUCAUUUUGUAUAGAUGUAGAAUUGAAUUGGGUUGAUGUUUACAAUGGUUUUUGGAGAUGCUCUGUGACGAAAGGAAGUUUCCCCCUUUCCCCUCGACAACUGCUGCUUGCUUCAAGCUUGAUCUUCUGAAGCACUAUGAAAGGGUUCUCUUUACAGAUUGAAUUGCAGUUGAUGACAUUGUGCAGUGGCUGAUCCCACUAGUUUUUUAAUUUCAUAUUACUGCUCAUUGAAUCAGAAGCGUAGGACUUAUAAUGCUACUGCCCAUUAGAAGGAAACUUGACCUGCUUCUUUUGGCGGAGAUGGAUCAAACUGCGAGGAAAUUCAUAUCUAAUGUACUUAGUUUCUCUUGUUCUCUGCAGCGGAAAUAAAAUAUCCGAAAACCUAGUGAAAUGACGAAGCUCUUCAUGUCAACUUCUCGUGGCAUUCUCUUUAACUUCUUCUUGGGAAUAUCUUUACCAACACCCUUCCUCUCAAAGGUUCCUUGCCAAUACUGUUGGCUAUUUUUCUUCUGAUUAAGGAAUGGGUUUGGGAUUUGGUAGAUGAAUCUUCCAACCGGUUGGCUUCCUGUCCUUUGACAUCGCUUAUAUGGAGGACAAGUACUCCAGUCUUUAGUUACAAGAACUGCUCAAUCAUUUGUCCUCUCUAAGGAGACCUAGUAUGAAUUCCUUGUUAUUUCACCAUACAAUGGAACCGAGGUACAUACCAUCUGUAGUGUCCUGUAAUUUUCUUGAGGACAAGCUGUAUUUGUUCAACUAAUGCAUAUAUGGAUCAAUGAAAUUCCUAAAGGUGCUGAGAGUUUACCUCCUAGUACUGUAACUUCUGAGUCAGACUUGUUUCUUCGACGAUUGUGAGGUAUGCCCUCUGAGGUCUGUUAUUCCAGACCAAGUUCUUUCUUUUCUUAUUUAUGCUGCUCUUUUGCUGAUGGGGGUGGCAUUCGUAGGCCUUGGUCGUGCAACUGAAGUAUCUAGUGACAUUCACCAUUGGUUAUGAACAGAGAAAUAAUAUCAAGUUCAGCCGUUGAAAAGUUCUUUGAGAACUUCACCGUCCUAUUGUUUCACUAUGAUGGCCGGAUAACCGUGGUGGAUGAGUGUGAAUGGUCAAACCGAGCAAUCCAUUUGAGUGAUCCCAAUCAAACAAAGUGGAAGAAUGAGCACAGCUAGUAGGUUCAUCAAGUGCGUCACAGUUGGGGAUGGUGCCGUUGGGAAGACAUGCAUGCUCAUCUCCUACACUAGCAACACCUUCCCUACCGAUUAUGUUCCGACGGUGUUCGACAACUUCAGUGCGAAUGUGAUGGUGGAUGGCAGCACAGUGAGCUUGGGAUUAUGGGACACAGCAGGACAAGAGGACUACAACAGGUUGAGGCCAUUGAGUUACAGAGGUGCUGAUGUCUUCUUGCUGGCUUUCUCGCUUAUUAGCAGACCCAGCUAUGAAAACAUCUCCAAGAAGUGGAUUCAUGAACUGAAACACUAUGCUCCAACCAUCCCAAUUGUGCUUGUCGGAACCAAACUUGAUUUAAGAGAUGACAAGCAGUACAUGACUGACCAUCCGGGCGCAACCAGGAUCACAGCUGCACAGGCAAGAUCAUUCGGAGAAGAACUGAAGAAGAAGAUAGGUGCAGUGCUGUACCUAGAGUGCAGCUCCAAGACACAACACAAUGUGAAGGCAGUGUUUGAUGCGGCGAUCAAGGUUGUUCUGCACCCUCCCAAACCGAAGAAGAAGAGGCUGAAGCCUAAUCGCCUCUGUUUAAUUCUCUAAAGUAGGAAAGCCAAUCACCAUAUAUACCCUUUCUUCCAUUAUAAUGCUUCUUUUGACCUUGCUACGCCCAGUUCGUAUGGUUCCUAUACAAUGUAUCUAGUAACUCCACUUAUUAUCCACAUCUCUUCACUCUUUUGUAAUUUGUGGCAUGUCUUGCUCACAUGUCAGGACCUGAAGUAGGCUGUUGGUGUUAUCAUGUAUAAUCCAAAUCCAAGCUCAAUCUAUGAGCUUGCUUAUAUGUUUAGUACUUAAAUUCCCG